AUGACAUCUCAAGAAACCAAACCAGAUCAAAGAAAAGGAGCAGAGAUCUUCAAUGGCGUAUCAACAUGCAAGCAAAAAGCUCACGAGAUCUUAUCGUCCAUGAAUCUACCUAAAGGACUCCUCCCUUUAGACACAAUGACCGAGAUCGGUUUCAACAAAUCCACCGGUUAUAUAUGGAUCAAGAUGAAGAACAAGGUUCAGCACAAGUUUAAAGCCAUCGGCAAAAGCGUAUCGUACGACUCGGAGGUUACUGCUUUCAUUGAGAACCGUAGGAUGCGUAGUCUUACAGGAAUCAAGAGCAAAGAGCUUUUGAUUUGGGUUACCAUCUCUGAGAUUUACGUUGAUGAUCAAGAUACGACUAAAAUCACUUUUGCUGCUCCGUCGGGUUUGUCACGCUCGUUUCCUGUCUCUGCUUUCGAGGAUGAGAAAUGAUUUGUCAACGGUAUACGUUGACUUUUUUUUAUUUUUUUCGUGCUUUCGUUAGGCAAAGUUCAUUAUUUUGCUACAAUAAAAAUCAUCUUAUUAAUGAUUUGUUUGUGUUAAUUUCUUUCAGUACGUCUUUGUUUUCACAGUUGCAAUCGGCUUACAAUGAUUAAGCGGU